CAUCGCUUUGAUAAAAAAGUAUAUGCAAUGAAGGUGAUGGGAAAGGAACAAAUAAAACUGAGGAACGAAAUUAAACAUGUAAUGGCUGAACGAAGUGUACUUAUAUCAAAUGUUCAUCACCCCUUUCUUGUUGCACUUCAUUAUAGUUUUCAAACAAAAGAUAAGCUUUAUUUCGCUCUCGAUUAUUUGAAUGGCGGUGAGCUCUUCUUUCACUUACAAAAGGAAAAGCGUUUUACGGAAGAUCGUUCGCGAUUUUACAUCGCAGAAAUUGGAUGUGCUCUUGGAUAUUUGCAUGAAAACAAUAUAAUUUACCGAGAUCUCAAGCCUGAAAAUAUUUUAUUAGAAAAAACUGGCCAUGUCGUCUUGACGGAUUUCGGUCUUUGUAAGGAAAACAUGAAAUCUAGCGACAUGACCGACACAUUUUGUGGUACUCCCGAGUACCUUGCACCAGAAAUAAUUCUUAAGAGACCGUAUGAUUAUGGCGUAGAUUGGUGGUGCCUUGGAUCUGUUCUAUUUGAAAUGCUCACUGGACUACCUCCAUUCUAUAGCAAAGAACGAAUGAUAAUGUAUGAUCAUAUAUUACAUCAACCACUAUCAAUGCCGAAAAAUAUAAGUCCAAGCUGUAAGCAAAUUCUUAAAAUGUUAUUGCAUAAAAACUGUCGCAAGCGACUCGGAGCAAAAAGCGAUUUCCAAGAAAUUAAAGAGCAUCGAUUUUUCGAACCAAUCGACUUCGAAAUGCUUCUUCAAAAAAAACUGAAACCACCAUUUGUUCCACAAAUAAAGGAUGACAUGGACACUUCACAGAUAGACCACGAAUUUAUCCGGCAAAAACCAAAUCCAGCAUCGCUUAUUCCUGAACGAACAUAUAACGCAAGCGAUGCAGAUUUUCCAGGUUUUAGUUUCCCAGGACGAUUGCUUAUUGAAAUUGAUAAAUAA